AUGAAUUCGGAAAACGACAGCAACAUUUUGAUUGUCGGCGCCGGGACAUGGGGCUGUGCCACAGCUCUUGAGCUGGCCAGACGAGGCCACACCGGCAUCACAGUGCUCGAUGGAAGCCCAUUCCCAUCAGCCAUUUCUGCCGGCAAUGACCUGAAUAAGAUUGCGGAAGAGGGAAACAAACCCUCUGCGAACGAUUCAGACAUCGACUACUUCUGGAACAACGUUCAUCAACUUGCAAUGAAAGCCUGGAAAACCGAUCCUCUCUUCACACCCUUUUACCACAAGACAGGAUUCAUCAUGGCUGCCGUGGGAGAAGAUGGUUACCAGAGCUGCAUCGAGUAUGCUGAAACCGAGCAUACCCACCUCAUUCCCCUGGAAACAAAGGAAGACUUCCACAAGACCAUGCCCGAGGGUGUGCUACAGGGCGAUUUCCCCGGUUGGCGGGGCUUCUGGAGAGACGGCGGUGCCGGCUGGGUCUUCGCACGCGGUGCUUUGUUCGCGAUGCACGCAGAAGCCAUACGUCUGGGCGUCACUUUCGUGACCCACGAAACACAAGGCCGAGUCCACGAGCUGCUAUACUCUCCAAAUCGCACCAGCAUACUGGGUGCCCGCACUGCAGACGGCGUCGUCCACACAGCAAACACCACCAUCCUCUCAGCGGGCGCAAACAGCGACGCACUCCUGGACUUCAAGAACCAACUCCGGCCCACAGCAUGGACCCUCGCGCACCUCCCGCUCUCCGCAGAAGAAGCACAAACUUACCGCAAUCUCCCUGUCCUAUACGGCGUAGACAGCGGCUUCUUCAUCGAACCUGAUAUGGAACGCCACGAGAUGAAAAUCUGCGACGAACACCCAGGAUAUCUGAACCCCGUCUCCGAUCCGGAAACCGGUGCCUUCCGCUCCGUCCCCUUCGCACGCCACCAGAUCCCCGAGGAAUCAGAAUCGCGCAUGCGCACCCUCUUGCGCGACACGAUGCCGCAGUUCGCAGAUCGAAACUUCACCUUCGCGCGUGUGUGUUGGGAUGCAGAUACAGUGGACCGCGUGUUCCUCAUCGACAGACAUCCUGAGCUAGCGAACUUGAUUCUUGCCGUCGGAGGCUCGGGCCACGGCUUUAUGACAUCUCCUGCUGUAGGUGUGCUGGUCGCAGAUGCACUAGAGGCUAAGGGAGAGGUGGAGGAUAGAGUCAGGAAGAUGAUGAGAUGGCGACCGGAGACGGCUGUGGACCGGGACUGGUGGGACUCGCUGGGCCGAUUUGGUGCGGAUGGUAAGGUUAUGGAUUUCCGUGCUGUGGAAGAGUGGACGAAGAUAGGCGGAAACGGGACGUCCUAG